GUAGGUCAUGAACUUUGUUCUAGUAAGUAAAUGGGCGUGUUUGCUCUGUGUGUGUUCAGUCUCUUAAAUUACCCGCUGUAGGAAAGGAAAUGGACUAAUGUUUGACAGCUGAGCCACCGGGCUGCUCUUGUUUAACUCAGGGAAUAAAGUAGAGAUGGACGAUUUCUGGGCGGGAGCCCUUUGGGCACUGAAGAUUUGGCUGUACCUCGUAAUCAUCCUCAUCAUGAUCCCAUCCAUGUUUGGAUUCUCACUGGGCAUUUCCGAGAUCUACAUGACCAUACUGGUGAAAACCUUGGAGUGGGCCACUCUGAAUAUACAGAAAGCAAAUUCAGAUGAAGGAACACUCAAACCCUCCUCAUCUAAUGGUCUCAUCCAAAGGGAAAAUGGAUCAAUGGAGAAGGAGCUCGAGGAACUUCGACGAAGUCGCCCAAAACCACCAGUGGGUGGUGAUUUUACACUAAGUGACUGUUUCUAUUUCACCCGACAAGGGAUUGAGAGUAUUGUAGAUGAUGAGGUGACCCAGCGGUUCACUUCUGAGGAGCUGGUGUCCUGGAACUUACUGACUCGCACCAACAAUGAUUUCCAGUACAUAAGUCUGAAGCUGACGCUGGUCUAUGGCCUUGGCAUCAUUGUGAGAUACUGCAUCCUUGCCCCCCUCAGAAUAACGUUGACCAUCAUCGGUGUUAGCUGGUUGGUAAUAGGAACAUCUGCAGUUGGAUUGCUUCCAAACUGGAGGAUAAAGUUCUGGCUCAGUGAGUUGGUCCACGUGAUGUGCUACAGAAUCUGUGCUCGAGGACUCUCUGCCACGAUUCGCUAUCACAACAGGGAAAAUAAACCCAAAAAAGGAGGAAUCUGUGUUGCCAAUCAUACUUCUCCGAUCGACAUUGUGAUUCUGUGCACAGAUGGCUGCUAUGCUAUGGUGGGUCAGGUCCAUGGAGGCCUGAUGGGAAUUAUUCAGAGAGCCAUGGUGAGAUCCUGUCCUCAUGUCUGGUUUGAGAGGUCAGAGAUGAAAGAUCGCCAUCUAGUGACCAAAAGGUUGAAAGACCAUGUGAACGACAAAAAAAAGCUUCCUAUAUUGAUAUUUCCAGAGGGAACUUGUAUUAACAACACAUCUGUCAUGAUGUUUAAAAAGGGAAGUUUUGAAAUUGGAACAACAAUAUACCCAGUCGCCAUUAAGUAUGACCCAAAGUUUGGAGAUGCUUUCUGGAACAGUUCCAAGCACAGCAUGGUCAGUUACCUGCUGAGGAUGAUGACCAGCUGGGCCCUUGUAUGCAAUGUCUGGUACCUGCCAGCCAUGCACCAACAGGAGGGUGAAGAUGCUGUCCAGUUUGCCAACAGAGUGAAGUCAGCCAUCGCUCACCAGGGAGGGCUGGUAGAUCUGCAAUGGGAUGGAGGCCUCAAGAGGGCAAAGGUGAAGGAGACAUUCAAAGAGCAGCAGCAGAAGAAGUACAGCAACAUGGUGGUGAGAGAUGACAGCAGCAGCAACAGCGACUGAGAUCCUCAGUCAAACAA